AUGGCCCUGGUUCUAGCCAAACAGGGGACAUCUUCCCAGAGUAUCGAUCCUCUCGAGCGGUUAUUCUCUCGGAAUGAGCUCCCGCUCGUCUUCCUGGACUACCAAGAGGAUUGGUCGGCGAGAGUCGUCUCUGCUAUAAAGGAUUCAUCCUCAAAGAUCAAGAAAGAAAAAAUCGAGUGCAAUUAUUGCGGACUGAAACUCCUGACCGAAGUCGGGCUCGAAGAGCACUACCAACGACGAUCGAUAAAAGUUCGUCUCCCCUGUCUGAAGUGCUGCCUAGUACACAUAUGCUACAACCCCUGUCAAGUGCUGAAUGUCCUGAAACUCUGUCAGACCGUCGUGCCCUGGGGUCUGGCGGUGGAAGAGGUCGAGCCCCAGAUCGCGGGUCUCCCGAUCAAACUCAGAGAACCGGACCCGGAGGCUCCAACGAGCGGGAAGUUCACCGCGGAGGAACUGAUCCAUGCGACGCGUACCUGUCACGAAUGCAAAGUGCUAUGCGCCGAAGACACUCUCGAACGUCAUAUGACUUUCUCGACCGGUCUGAAACUCACGUGUCAUUCGUGCGGCCAGCGCAUGCCGACUCGAUGCUCUCAGCAGGCGCACACACGACUCCAUAGGCUCAAACCUCCGUUCGUCUGUCCGGAAUGUGGGAAAAUGGCUCCGCGCGAAACGAAGAUCGAGGAAUUCAAGCACCACGUCAACGAGCUGUGUCACCAUAGGGAACGCUUGAUGGUGUACCAGUGUCCCAAUUGUCCUGCCGUGCAGGAGCGGGACCGAGAUCUGGCGUCGCACAUAGCCGAUUCGCACGUGCAGGUCCUUCACAAGUGCUCUCACUGCUCGCUGGCGUUCAAGGACACCGCGGCUUUCAUCAGUCACAGCGGCAAGAACCAUUCGUUCCCAGGAGCAAGUCCGGUGUCUGUGAUCAAGUGUCCGAUGUGUGAAGCUUGCGUAUUCGCAGACACCCAGAUGCUAAUCCAGCAUUUCCUAUCAAUCCACAUUUCGUCGUGUUCCAAAUUCGUUUUUCGUUGUCAUAUAUGUCGCCAGCUGCGAACAGAUCAGUUAGCCAUUCACGAGCACCACAAAGCCGAACACUCGUGGAAACCCACUUUCCCGGAUGUCAUGAUCACAGUUGUCGCGAAAACAGUCCUGGCCAUGGGUGCCGAUGGGCUGAGACACAAUGAAGGCAAGGCCGCCGUCCAGGAGAUGGAGAAAAAAGAAUUCAGCCUCGGACAAGGAACGCUCCUGCACUGUUUGAAGUGCGCGUUCGAGUCGAUGAAUCGCGUCCAGUUUCUCCAGCACGUUCGAUCGCAUAGAGAGAGCGAGACACCGCAUCAAUGUUCGGACUGCGGUAUUUACCUCGACGACGAUAAAUCGCUCGAGAAACACCUCGUCGACGUGCAUCAGUUGGAAGAUGUCGCCGAACACUUGAAGAAAAUCUCUGAUCUCUCCAAGCUGAUAGCAAUGCAAGUGGACGAACAGGCAGAGGAUCCGAAAGCGGUUGCGCUCCCACCGGAACCUCAAAUGCCGGUCGAAGGGGCAGCAACAGACCACAACGACAAAAUUCUCAAGUGCGCCGUGUGUUGCAAAGAGUUCAUCGAGAAGAGGGCGCUCGAACUCCACAUGAGGACGCACGGCAGCGAGUUCCUGAAGAGUUUCAAUAAACAGCGGAGAACCUGACCUAGGAAGAAGUAGUUUAGCCCGUCGUAGCGUUUUCUGGCCACUAGACUCACCUCGUCCAAUCAGUUUCGCUUCACCUGUGUAGAGAGAUCGGGGGAAACCACGGAAUGUUCAUGUUCACCUCAUUCAUGCAGUGUAGCGCAACGUCCCACCUCCCUGAACGCGUGUUCAUGUCUUGGAUUUUGAAUUUACA